CGAAUAAUAAGUGCUCGGAUAAGAAAAUUGCAUAGUAUGCGGUCAUUUUAAAUUAAGUGCUAGUGGUACUAUGACAGACCAAAACGAGGUGAUUUCUGAACUAAACCGGGCCCAAAGUUCAAAAUGGCUCAAAACUCGUCACAUCCAAAUCGGCCUACUGUUUACUUGUUGCAUGAUCAUGUUCUCCAUAAGACAAGUCCUUUCUGUAGCAAUUGUUGCUAUGACUUCAGCUGGCACUUCUAGCAAUACUAACAUACCGUACUACCAUUGGACGAAUUCCAGCAUAGUUUUGUCUGCAUUCUACUGGAGCUACGCGUGUCUGCAAUUUUUCUCUGGCAAAUUCAUAAACUUUUUCGGAACUAAAAUGCUGUUGUUUGUUGCCAUGCUCACAAAUGCUCUGACCAUGCUUCUGAUUCCAAUUAUAGCAGCUUAUCUGGGCUCGAAUGGAGUAAUGGCAAUGCGUAUCAUACAAGGCUUGUUUCAAGGCUUCUUAUUGCCGUGUAUCAGCGGAAUGAUGGGUAGAUGGAUACCGCCUACGGAAUUAUCAAUUUCGAACGCUAUCGUGUAUUCAAGUGGCUACUUUGGUCUUAUAAUAGCUACAAUAAUAACUGGGUACUUGUCAGCUUCUCCGUGGGGCUGGCCAUCAUCGUUUUAUCUAUUCGGGGUUUUGGCGUUCGCCUGGUGCCUGUUUUGGUGGUUCUAUGGCGCCGAAACACCAGCAAGUCAUUCGAAGAUCUCGAUGGAAGAACGAAAGUACAUUGAGCAUUCGUUGAGCCAGCAGAACGACCACUUGUUCGACCAAAAAUCCAUACCGUGGUUGAAAAUUUUCAAGUCGCUGCCCUAUUGGGCCAUCAUUUUAGCUUCGAUUGGCGAAUCCUGGUCCUCGACCUUCUUGUUAGCAGAACUACCUAGUUACUUGAGCUACGGCGUAGGACUUGAUAUAAAAAAUUCCAGUUUGUUUUCAUCAGUCCCUCAAAUCGCAGGCCUAAUAGGUUCCCUGUGCUUCGGCCCUAUAGCAUCGCUAAUAGCCAAAAAAGAUUGGGUAAGCACUGGAAAUUCUAGAAGAAUUUUCUACGCAAUCAGCAUGACGACUCCAGUGGCCCUUUUGGCGCUCUCGUAUAUAGAAAAUAAAACAGCUAUAGCUGCUAUUUUGAUAACAGCGUAUAUAGCUAAUUCAGCUAUAGUUUGCGCGCACUUGGUGAACCCCAUCGACUUGUCUCCCAGAUUUGCCAGUGCGCUUUCUGGCAUUUCGAACGGUUUGGGUCAGUUGGUGGCCAUCUUGGCUCCGCUGCUGGUGCAUUUUAUGGUUCCGGAUCAGACUAACAAAUCUGAGUGGAGGCACACUUUUAUACUAGCCACCUGUGUGAUGUUAUCUACGGGCGCUUUUUUCCAAAUCUUCUGCUCUGGAGAGAGGCAACCGUGGGACGACUUUAAUACUAAAUCAGUUGAAAAGGCUAAGCAUGAGAUUUAUUUACCGAAAAUUGAUGGAAAAUCAAAUAGGGCUUAUCAAGAAGAAGCUAAUAACCCAUCAAACUAAUACCAAUGCGACCGCAAUAAAAAAAAAACAAAUUGCCUUUUCAAAUGUUUUUCUAUGGCGGUUUUUGUUGACGAUGGAAAUCGAUAUCAAAUUGUCG